ACCAUCGAGCAGGGUGGAGGAGACCGCGAGAAUGUUGAAUUAAGAGGAGUGACCGGAGUGACCGGAGUGACCACGUGCGGCCGCGAUAAAAGUGCGUACGACCGUGGCCGUUCACAAAGAAUCGAGACGAGCUGCCGUGCGGUACGUCUGGGCUCCUCCACCGUGUGCUCCCAAUCGAUCUCGAUCACGAUCUCUCCGCGCGUCAGUGUACAGUGAGUGCCUGCAGACGUCAGCAUGUCGACCAACGACGUGCGAUCAGGCUUCAAGAGGCUGAUGCACGGGGAGGGAGCCUUGAAGAACACCGUGCUGACCGCACUGGCGGAGUUGAUCGGCACGUCGAUGUUGGUUUUUCUAGGCUGCAUGGGCUGCAUCGGAAGCCUCGGAGUGAUCCCGUCCCACUUUCAAAUCGCCGUGACCUUCGGUCUGUCGGUCAUGAUCGUGGUUCAGUCCAUCGGACACAUCAGCGCGGCCCACGUGAAUCCAGCCAUCACGAUAGGCUCCGUGGUCCUCGGCUUGAAGACUAUACCCGAAGGAUUCGUCUAUAUCCUAUCCCAAAUGCUCGGAGGAGUGAUAGGUUACGGCAUGCUCAAGGUGGUAACUCCGACUGAUAAGCUGACCAGCAGAACCAUCGACGAGACGGACAUGUUCUGCGUGACAGACCUUCACACGGAGUUGUCAGCUAUCCAGGGUCUCCUGCUCGAGGGCAUCGCCACCGGUAUACUGAUGCUGUGCGCUUGUGCCGUUUGGGACGUCAGAAACUCUAAGAACAUGGACUCGGUGCCGGUAAGAUUCGGUCUGACGGUUGCAGCCCUCGCUCUCGCCGUCGGCCCGUAUACAGGUUGCAGCAUGAAUCCGGCCAGAUCAUUGGCACCGGCUUUGUGGAACAAUCAGUGGUCCCAUCAUUGGAUCUACUGGUUCGGACCGAUCGGAGGCGCCCUUCUCUCGUCUUUCAUGUACAAAAUCAUUUUCGGGCAGAAGCAGUGCACCGAGGAGGAGCCGUGCACCUCGCCAGAGAUUGUCGCGUUGAACAGCGUCGAUACCCAUAAAGCAGAGCCAUGAUACGAAAGGGAGGAGGACCGAUCGCAGAUGGUCUACCGGAAACGUUCAGGGUACGGGUCGAUCGACACCUUCUCUGAGAAGCCACGAGAGAUUAAGCGUUCGAGGGAUGAUCCUAAAUAACAAAGCCUAAAACGCGGUUACAAUCGGCGCAAGAAUUCCAGCGUUUUAGGAGAUAAAGAAGAGAAUCCCGAAGGCGUUAUCUUAGGUUCAUAGUUGCCCGAAGUACAAGCAUUCCUAUCCUAAUUCCACGGAGAUCCCUCGAGAACUUUGAUUUCAGUCAAAACAUGAUACGGUAGACAACAUUUUUCCCGGUAAAACACGAAACGUACGCUGGACGACGUUACUUGCCAUCGAUUGAACACCGUCUCAUAAAAAUGUCGGCACGCCUGUUAAUUAAUUAUUGUAAAAACUGAAUUCAGUUCGCCGUUUCUAGCCGAGAUCUUUCCACCGACCCUGGCUCAUCGUUUCUCCGCGAUAAAAUCGCAAGACUGCACUUCAGAGAAAUCGUUCUCUACCAUUGUUAAGGAAACGACUCGCAUAGGUAAUAUGUGCAUCCAAAGUUCACGCUGGGAUACGUACGUGAAAGUACUACGUAUCCCACAUCGAGAAUCAUUCGCGACGCAUUUCUUCCGUUGUUACCUUAGUGUACUGUUGUUUUUUUUUUUUUUGUUUCGGAAUACUGUUAUUAUCUAUCGUCUCGUCUAUCGUCAUUGUACAUAAUUCUUACGAUUUUUAUAGAUGCAUUUACUUGUGACGAUGAAAUAAAUAUAAUCGGAUGAAGUAAAUAAA